CGAGUACAGGAAAAGGUGCGGAGAGAGAGUGAUAAAAAAGGCUGGGGAUUAACAAUUACGACCGAUUAGAAGAAGAGCUUCGCGCAAGGCCGGAGCAGAAGAGAGAAAUAAACAAGAGGGAGAGGGAUUAAAUGAAAGGAAAACACAGGAGAAUGGGAGGGAAGCUCACCUGUCACCUGAACUCCAAAGAACACAGGUACAUCUCAGACCACAUUGCUGCCAUCAUGGAAAAUUUGGCUCCUCUCUAUCGACGUCAAUACAGCUCUAGUCUCCUGAUGCACAUGAGGAACAAACACGUGGAGCCCACUGAACCCCGUCCCCUGAUCCAGCAUCCAGAUGUUGUUGCUCAUGCUGGGAUUCUGUUGGAGGGGACUCUCCCUCAGUACCUUGAGGGGAUCUGGACACAUCGCCACCUACAGGUUACCAGCAGUUUCAUAGUUGAGAGCCGUGACGCCAAAGAGGUAUUUGAGGGUGGUUGGGGGUGUAAGACAGAGCUCGUUCUUUCUGGCUGUCAGAUCUGCACCUCCACACGAGAGCAUUGUGAGUUAGUGGAUGACAUGUGCCGACACAUCACAGGCAAAUCAGGCGAGAAACUGGCGUGUUGGGAUUGCCCCACAGCAUUCCCUGUCUUCAUCCAGCACCCUUACAGUGCCCCAGUGUGUUUGGCCACUGCGUCACAACAGGAACAGACACGGUGGGCCAACAUACUACGAGCUGCAACACAACAUCAGAGCUCAGCUCUCUGGUGUGAAAAUUCACCAGAAUCCAAGGCCUUUUUAGAUGCUGUGUCGUCUUUGAAGAAGUUCAGAGAAAACUGUCAAACAGAGGUACAUCCAAUGGGCAACGAGGAAGAGGUGUUGGUGAGCAUGCUGAUGGAAGAAGUGAUGUCCUACCUCAAGAAUAAAGUAUUUCCCAGGUUUAUCGGGCAUCACAGUCGGAGGAAGCAAGCCUGGAUGAGAUUGCUCUCUGAGGUCUACAAGACAGCAAAACAGCAGGUAAGAGCUGCGAUGUCAGCUCUGAAGGAGGAGCUGUCACUUCAUCGUGCUGAUGUGGAGAAACAGAUCUCCGCAGGACUGCAGCAGGCCAGUCUGCUGCAUGACCACAUCGCUCACACAAUCACAGAUGACAUGUGUGAGCCCAUGCUACAGUCUCUCCUACAUACCAUCAUCCCAAGACUCGGCCGCACUCUGCAGGAAGUGGCCACGCCCAUCUGUGAUGGAUUUGCAGCUACCUGGCAAUACUUCCUGGAGACAUGCGAUGACAUCAUAGACCUGGGAUCGAUGAGCAUCUCAGUAAAAGAUGUUAGAAAAGAGGUGCUGACACCUCUGAGUGGCCUCGGGCCAGAUGAUGACAGGAUGUGGCAGUGCCUGGACGGACUGGAGCUGAGCUCAGAGGGCCGUGCGUGGCUACAGGAAACAUGGGGAGUCCACAGUGGAACAUGGAGACCUUUGGUACUCAAAGCUCAGAACGCUCUCUACAAAGUGGUUGACAUGUGUGUUGUGAUGUUCUUGAGGUUGGUCUCUCGAUAUCCAUGUUUCUCUCUUGACUCUGCUCAGCUCACGGCGGUGCUGUGCAGGGUCAAAGACAAAGUGGUCAAGCACCUGGACACAGAACUGUUGGCUCUUCGAUCUCAGUUGAUUCUUGAGACGAUCCUGCAGAUAACUCUGCCAGCAUAUGUGCACAGUGUGGGUGAGCAGGAUUUGUCUCGUUAUGAAGUCAUGCUGAACUCAGAACAAGCCCUCUUCAUCCAUCCUGACAUCAUCUUCCACUCCAUUCUGCGAGACAGCCUGACCUCAUAUAUCCAGUCAGUGAUGAGGUAUUCCCUGCCGCAGCAGUUUGUGCCUCUCCCUGUCAGCCCCAUUACUCCCUGUGGCUCCAGCUCUGGUUUCUCUGAACCAGUGUACGAGCUGCUGCCUCCUGGUGACUGCUUCCAAGCCUCUGCAGGCUCUUCCUCAGGAUCUGAAACUCUCACGCCGAGCUCCAUGUCUGACCAGGAUGACACUUUGACCAACUCAGAGAACUCUGAAAACCACACACUCUCGCUGCUGGAUGCAGGAGAAUAUGUCCGUCUCACUGAGCCAUGAAGGAACUGAAGCCCCAACACAACAGACUGGAGUACAGGGUCACAACCUCCACUGAGGAAACCACAAUCACGCCUCUGUACUGAUUUUAUCUUAUUUUUGUCUAAUUUUUCACCAGAGAUACAAUGAAAAUAGGAAAGAAACUAAUUACCAACUAUAUUAAUGAAACUGAUUUAGAGUAAUCUAGAAGUAUUUUAACAAUAAUAAAAUGCACAUUUAUUCAAAUUACAAAGUUCAAGGAAAAAAAGGAUCAUAACAAAACAGAAACCACAUCACCUAAUCGUAUGUCUGCUUUGUUAUUUAAUAGCUUAUUAGUGAAAUGAUUCGUUGAUUAGUCAAUAGACAGAGAAUUAAUAAGCAAAAACACCAAACACUGAUUGAUUCCAGCUUCUCAGAUGUGAGGACUGGCUGCUUUUCACUGCUGUUUGGAUUCUGGAGAGCUGGUCAGAAAAACUAACAAUGUGGAGACUUCACUUUGAGCCCUUGGAUAUUGUGAUUGGCAUUUUUCAUUAUUCUGUGACAUUUUAUAUACUAAAUACCAGACAAAAUUAAUUUUCAAAUUAUUAAUUAAUUAUUUAAUUAAUAAUGAAAAUAAUCCUCAGUAACUGUUUUAUAACAUAUUGUGCUUCAUGAAAGCAUACAGCUCAGGAGCCUACUGCCUGCAAACUUGUCCCGGUUUGAGUUACAUUAUUGCGCUGAAACAAAUACCAGAUGUUUCUUUUCUUCUUUUUCACAGUUUUGGCCUUUGUACUAUUCCUCGUGUCUCUGGCAGAAUUUGAUUGGAGCUGUCCUGAAACACGUUUGAAAAACCUUUAAUGUACAAAAUGUAUUUUACUCCAUCACCCACUUAACCGAUAGUGGCACCCAACUUCGGAAUAAAGAUAUCCUGAGAGGUCACAAUACAAGUAAAAGGAUAGGAACGGGAAAAAAGGGCGGGGGGCAUUUUUUCCGGGGAAAUCCUGCAUGUUCACCUCUUGAAGCCUCUUGAAGUCACUCAUUCUUUGGGUAAAUGGUUAAAUGCUCACAGCUUGUCAUUGGGCCCACAAGAAAGGUUUUACUUCAUUCGAAGGGAUCUACAAAGCAGCAAUAAGCCUGGAAACCACUGCUACAGAGCUGAGAGUGAACAUCAGCAGUUUUUCUCACUACUUCUUUCUUCGCUUCACUAAUCUCCUCCAGAAGUGUGACAGGCCUGCAGUACAUUGGACGCUUUGGACACGCCCAUGGCUUUCUAAAUGCUUCCUAUGGACUACAGCUGGAUCAUAGACUGUACUGGAUCUGCUCUUAAAGGGGAGGACAGCGGAUUACAGAAGGACGAUUUACAGUCCACCGGGGCCUUCAGAGAAUCCAAAGGUUAUUUAUAUAAAAUAAAAUUAAUCUUGACCCAAACCUGGUAGGAG